AUGAGCGCAGACUCACCACAACCAAGCAGAGUCAAUCCAGCUAGUGCUCCAAACUCUCCUGGAAUUGAGCGUGUGGAGGUUGCUUUCCCGCAUGAUGAGGAAGGUGUCUCCACUCUGAUUGGAUAUUGCGACAAGGGCGAGUUGCCUGUAAAGUUUGGACGAGAUGUUUCCUUGGAACAAUACAAUGACUGGCUUCUGAAUUCAGAAACGGGGCUUCGAGUUUCCUAUGAUGUUGAGGAUCGCUGUGUGCUCCUUCGAGAAGGUUGCUACGAUUCCCAUGGUACCACUCGAUUGGCUCUUUACGAUGCGCUGAAGGUUGCCUUCCCGGCCUUUCAGGUUUGCCUGGGGCAGAUUCAGACAGCAGCUGGAGCUCAAAACAUUACUCCUGAUGUUAAAGUUAUCGGCAACAUGCCUGGCUUUCCCCUUCUGGUGGAAGUUGGACAGUCACAAGAUGAGAAUGCUCUCAACACCCGUGCCAACCUCAUACUUUCGCAUGUUCCAGGAGCAGAGUGCGUCAUUCUCAUCAAGAUUUUUGAUACUACUACUGCUGAGAAUGGUCGAAUGAUGGCUUGGUGUGCCACACACAAUGCCAUAGGCAAUCUUGUCACCACGGGAAUCGUGGAAUUUGGCCGCGUAGGCCCAGGAGGAGCUGCAAGAAAUGCAUGGGUCACGGGCACUCCACCACCGGUUCUGGCCAUCCCCUCGACGGCGAACAUUCCAGCAACAAAUCUACCAUUGGAUGGCAUCUUGAUGACAUUACGACGCUUUAAUGGAAGGUGUUGGCGUCACGGGAACCCUCCUUAG